AUGUGUUUUUCAGUCAACACGUGUUGUGUUUGCCUCAGUCUGGACGCGGGCACAAAAAUUAUAAGCUUAUUUUUUACGAUAUCAUCAGCAUGCAUCCUCGUGGUGUACGGUCCAAUGGCAGCGCUGAACGACACGCUCCCCCCAGCCAGACUCUACUUCUACGUAUGUCUUGCUGUGCUGGCCAUCGUGGAGAUAGGGAUAGGGGGGUUGUUGAUACGUGGAGCUUUUAAGAGAAAACCGCAAUGGAUGUGGCCGUGGAUAGUCCUGGCCUGGUGGAAAGGAAUCGUCCUCAUUUUCCUCAGCAUCGCUGGGGCGGUGGCACUUGCCAUGAACGCCAGCCUCCAGCUCACUGCGGAGAAUGGCCCUGUCAUAGCUGCGUACUUUAUUUAUUCAAAUUUGCUGUUAUACUCCGCCGUCAUAGUAAAUGGACGUCGCCAGGAGCUCGUGCUGGAGAACUACUGGGCCGAGAGACAUGUACUUGGGAACGCGAAAACGAAAUAUUAUUACAUCUAA